CUGGCUGCUAAGGAACACCGAGCUUAGGAAAGAGACGCUGGGAGCCUGUGUUGGGAGACUACUUCGCAUUCUGAUCAGCAGGCUCCAGUGAUACAGCACGUACAGGAUCUACUACUACAGCAGAUUGCAAUCACAGCCAUGCUUAGACCAUUUCAGCAGCCCAAGGAUAUCAGCUUGUCCAGAGCACUGAGGUUUGGACAGUAACAGACCCCCCCUCACCCCCUUUGCAUCCUUUUAUAUGGACUAGGCAGGGGUAUAGCCAGAACUUUAAGGAUCUGGAUCUGUGGAUGUUUUUUUUUUUUUUAUUAUUUUUUUAUUUGCACAGAGGGAGCUUUUUCAGCAAACGGUGUCUGUUGAUGCUGCUUGCAGUGCGCAUGUGCUGCUCUAUUAGGAAUUAUCACCUUGCCUCAGACUUUAGUUGCAUUUGUUGAAUCUUCUCAUUAAGCAUUGUUCUCUUUAUUUAGUUACAUUGAGUUAGUAAUGUGGACGCUUCAAGACAGAGGAUAUUUCGGGAUUGUGUCUAUUCCUAUGAUGAUAGCCAUGGUGUGCUGUGCUCAAAGCGUUAAUGAGCCCAGCAACAUGUCAUAUGUGAAAGAGACAGUGGAUAGAUUGCUCAAAGGCUAUGACAUCCGACUGAGGCCAGACUUUGGAGGCCCUCCUGUUGAUGUUGGGAUGAGAAUAACUGUGGCAAGCAUAGAUAUGGUCUCCGAAGUCAACAUGGACUAUACACUCACAAUGUACUUUCAGCAGUCGUGGAGAGACAAAAGGCUUUCUUAUUCAGGAAUCCCGCUAAACCUUACACUGGAUAACAGGGUCGCUGAUCAGCUUUGGGUGCCUGAUACAUAUUUUCUUAAUGAUAAAAGAUCAUUUGUUCAUGGGGUUACUGUGAAGAACAGAAUGAUUCGACUUCAUCCAGAUGGAACUGUUCUUUAUGGACUAAGGAUUACAACCACAGCUGCUUGUAUGAUGGAUCUACGCAGAUAUCCAUUAGAUGAACAGAAUUGUACGCUUGAAAUAGAAAGCUAUGGCUAUACAACAGAUGACAUUGAGUUCUACUGGAAUGGGGGAGAUAAAGCAAUCACAGGAGUAGAGAAGAUCGAGCUGCCUCAGUUUUCCAUUGUUGAUUACAAAAUGGUCUCAAAGAAAGUAGUAUUUUCUACUGGUUCUUAUCCUAGGCUGUCAUUGAGCUUCCGACUUAAAAGAAAUAUUGGAUACUUCAUCUUACAAACUUACAUGCCUUCCACACUCAUUACUAUUCUGUCCUGGGUGUCUUUCUGGAUCAACUAUGAUGCAUCUGCUGCAAGAGUGGCACUAGGAAUCACCACUGUGCUGACAAUGACUACCAUCAGUACCCAUCUCCGAGAAACCCUACCAAAGAUCCCUUAUGUCAAGGCUAUAGACAUCUACCUAAUGGGAUGCUUUGUAUUUGUGUUCUUGGCAUUGCUGGAAUAUGCUUUUGUGAACUACAUCUUCUUUGGAAAAGGUCCUCAGCUACAGAAGAAAGCAGCAGAAAAAGCAGAGAAAGCAAAUAACGAAAAGAAUAAACUCCAGGUUGAUGCACAUGGGAACAUUUUGUUGACAACACUGGAACUGAGAAAUGAAGUAGGCGGAACAGAAGUCCUAACCAGCACUAUUGAUCCGAGAGCUACCAUGUUUUCAUAUGACAGUGCCAGCAUCCAGUAUCGGAAACCCAUUCCCAACAGAGAUAUGUACAGCAGAAGCACAUUGGAUAGGCACAUGGUUCACAAAAAAGGGCGGCUGAGGAGGAGUGCCUCUCAGAUUAAAAUUAAAAUUCCUGAUUUGACUGAUGUGAAUGGCAUAGACCGGUGGUCAAGGAUGAUAUUUCCUGUUGCUUUUUCCUUCUUUAAUGUUGUGUAUUGGCUUUAUUAUGUACACUAACUUAUGCAGUUAGAUCACUUUUUUGAAGAUGCUAGGUCUAUUUUUCUGAUCCUGAAGGGACUGCAUUAGCAAUAGUGCUGCAAAUUCAAGGUAAGAUAUUCAGCCAUUAAAAUGAUUUUAGUGUUUGCA